AUACAUUUUUAGCUUAUUUUCCCACCAAAGGGGAAGGUACACUCUCUCUCUCUCCCGCGAACCACCCGCUACGGCGGAACUACUGCCCCUCGCCGCCUCUGUACCUCACGACCCUCCGCCGUACCUCAACUCACCGUCUCCUACUUCGCUGGUCGGAGAAACGAGGACGGAAAAUCCCGUUCUGCUAGUCUGCUGUCCACUCCUUCGAGAAACACCACACUCUGCACCUCUGACUACGACGACCACCGCCAGUGCUGCUUCCACUCAAUAUCUCCUACAGUCUGUCUCCAUUGUCAAUUUAACCGCGUAGCUCCCGUGAGCCACCAUCUGUUCUGUCACAUAGCAACAUUUAACACUACUCGCAUACUAUCAGAUUUCACUAUAUAUAUACCCUACUCUUUCACAUUUUUAUUGCUCUAUUCUCUUAUUUGUUGGUUGGUAUUUAAGAGGAACGAUAUAUCCUGUUUAGUGGUUUGUUACUUGUUGAUUGCUACUUGAUAUGGUUGGAAGAGUGUUAAAUUUCUUACUGAUCGUGAAAUUGGAAUUAUUUUUGGUCGUUUUGUUUUGCAAUUUAGUUUUUAGUGCUGAAUUGAAUUUAUGAUUGUGUUGAGUGGCGGAAAAUUGUCCUUGUGAAAGUGUGUAACAAGAGUAAGACCCUUGUCACAUGGAUGAAAGAAAAGAAUAGAGAAAGCUAGUCUUUAUAGUGAUAGAACUAGUUGAAAUUUAAUAAGGUAAGAGGGAUAAUGGAUUGAACUGCAAAAAUUUGGUCGAACCUCUUCUCUAGUGAUUCUCUGUACUGGAAAUCAAAAUCCAAAGGUUCUUUGGCCUAUUAUGUUGACCAAAUCCUUGAAGAUAGGUUGAGGCCAAAGAGACAGCAGGUCUGAGAAGCUAAAAUGGAGAGAGAAUGAGCUUGUGUGGUUGUUUCUUUUAAAAUAGAGAGAAAAUCAGCAGGUCAAAAGUUAAAUUUUUGUGAUUGUCCAUUGCAUGGAUUGAUUAUUAUGGCAUUUUUUGUAUGAGUCCUAGCUGACAGUGUUUCUUGUUGACACAGGACACAAUGGAUGAGGAUUUUUGAGCUGGUUUCGCAUCAUAUAAUUUCUCCGUUCUAUUUGCGAAUUUUAUAGAGUUUGCUAUCGGUGAAGUAAGCAAACGAGGACGGAAAACCCCGUUCUUCUAGUCUGCUGUCCACUCCUUCGAGAAACACCCCACUCUGCACCUCUGACUACGACGACCACCGCCAGUGCUGCUUCCACUCAAUAUCUCCUAGAGUCUGUCUCCGUUGUCAAUUCAACCGCCUAGCUCCGGACACAAUGGAUGAGGAUUUUUGAGCUGGUUUCGCAUCAUAUAAUUUCUUCAUUCUAUUUGCGAAUUUUACAGAGUUUGCUAUUGGUGAAGUAAGCAAACGAGGACGGAAAACCCCGUUAUUCUAGUCUGCUGUCCACUCCUUCGAGAAACAUCCCACUCUGCACCUCUGACUACGACGACCACCGCCAGUGCUGUUUCCACUCUAUAUCUCCUACAGUCUGUCUCCAUUGUCAAUUCAACCGCCUAGCUCCGGACCUAAGCACCAAUACCGUGACUGCCAUUGUCAAAGCUCUAAAACCAAGAACUUUUAUCCAAUGGAUGAGGAUUUUCGAGCUGGUUUUGCAUCAUAUACGUUCUCCCUUCUAUUUGCGAAUUUUACAGAGUUUGCUAUCGAUGAAGUAAGCAAAAUUUUAAAUGUUAGUACUGAGCUACGGAAACUAGACAGGAUGUUCCUUAAACUUCAAGGAAUGGUUUAUAGAAUGGAGUGUAGUCGUGCAUAUUUAUGGGACAGCACACACUAUAAGUCAUCGAUUGCAUGGGUAGAAGAAGCCAAUGGACUGAUCUAUCAUAUCAGUGAUAUCCUUGAGGAUAUUUCAUUGAACUUAGGUCUCCGGGAAGGAGAAAAGCUGGUAAAUGGAAACCUGUUGAUAGAUAAGUUCUUGUUACUAAUACCACGUAAAAUUAGUGGUAUUGUAGAAGACUUAGAAGAUCUGAUAAAGGAAAUGGGAACAGAUUUUCUUGUUGACUUGGUGAAACAAGUUCCUAAAGUGGUUGCUACGAAGCAAUGUUGCGGAUUUGCUGGUUUAUCAAAUCCAACUCACACGAUUGGGAGAGAAUCACAAAUUGAGAAAGUUGUCGAAAUAUUGACCCAAAACGAUGUACCUCUUUGUAUCACUGGAAUGGCUGGCAUAGGUAAGACAGUUUUUACCCACUGUCUUUGCGAAAACAAGGAAGUGAAAAAGGCAUUCCCAUUGCUUUUAUGGGUUUCUGUUUCUGCAGAGUUUGAAUUGGUCAGAAUUUUGAGAGCAGCCAUUGAGUCUGUCUCGAAAGAAAGCUGUUAUUUGACGGAUCUGAAUGUAUUAAGGUACACUUUACAAGAAUUAUUACUCUCGGGAGAUAACUUUUUAGUGGUACUAGAUGAUUUGUGCGUUGAAGAUCUGGAAGAUUGGAACUUACUGUAUGCAGCUUUUAAGGUUGAAUCAAAAUCAAGUAGAUUGGUAUUUACUACCCGAAAUUCAAAAGUGGCAUCUUUUAUUGGUGCCAAGAUGUUUUGUCUUCAACCUCUCUCAGACGAGGACUGUUGGAAGAUCAUCAAACAAAGGCCUUUCAUUAACAAUAAAAUGCACAAUUUAGAUGUAAUAGGACUUGAAAUAGCCAAAAAAUGUAAAGGUGUACCUUUGGUGGCAAAAACAAUCGGAGACAUACUUCACUGUUUACCUGUUAAUGAAUGGGAUUCUUUGGUUAAGGGUAACCUGUGGGACUUGCCCCAGAUUGAGAACCAUGUAUUCCCUAUUUUUCUGCUUAGCUAUUGCUGUCUGCCACAACACAUAAAGAAGUGUUUCUCUUAUUGCUGUUUAUUCCCACCAGAAUACGUCUAUAAAAUGAAGGAUAUUGUUCUGCUGUGGAUGGCCGAAGGCCUGAUUCAUCCGAUAGACGGAAGAAGAAUCGAGGAUAUUGGUCAAGAAUAUUUUGAAGAACUUGUAUGGGGGUCUCUUUUCAACUCUGGAAAUGAAUAUUUUCAUGACUUUGAUGGAUCUUAUACCAUGCAUGAGUUCAAUCAUCAUGUAGCUGCUUCUGUCUCUUCGAGUAUAUGUCAGCGUAUAAAAGACAACCAGUCUUCUUACUCUUUUGAUAGGGUUCGACACUUGUCAAUUUGUCAUGGCAAUACUCAGUCCAAUGGCCUACAUAGUUUCUCCAAAUGUCACAAUUUGCGGACGUUCACGUUGUUAUGUGCAACUAACAUAGGUCCAAAUGUCCCUACAUUCUUUAAGAACUUCAAAGUUAUAAGGGUUUUGAACUUAAAGUGCGGGGGCAUCACAGAAAUACCAGAAAUUGUUGGCAAUCUUAAGCACUUGCGGUACUUGGACCUUUCCAGUAAUAACAUCAGUACUUUACCAUCAUCACUGUGUGAGCUUUCGUUAUUACAAGUGCUAAUUUUGGAGAAUUGCACAUCAUUGAUGUGUUUGCCGGACAAGUUUAGUAGGCUAACGAAUCUUCGGCAUCUUUUCUUUGAUGUAAAACAUCAAAUUCAUCAAAUGCCAGUAAAUUUCAGAUUCUUGAAGGAAUUACAAACAUUGAAUGCUUUCGUUGUGGAAGCGGAGAAUGGUCAUACCAUUGAAGAAUUAGAGGAUUUGAAUUCUCUGACGGGAUCAUUUUCUUUAAUUGGAUUAGAAAACAUUCUAAAUGGACAAUCAGCUGCAACUGCAAACUUAAACAAAAAGCAAGGUAUUAUAGAGCUUGAGCUGCAAUGGAGGAGUCAUCACGAGAGAAAUAUCGAAUAUGAGAUUUCGACGGGUCUUCAACCUCAUAAAAACUUAGAAAGGUUGGUCAUCAGUGAUUACCGUGGUACCACGUUUCCAUCAUGGCUCUGCUAUAGACCUCACUACAUGCUUAGAUCUAUUUACUUGCGUAACUGUGAAUGUUGCAAAGUUCUCCCACCUCUGGGAAAACUUCAAUUCCUUGAAAGCCUUACUAUUGAAAAUAUGACGUUAUUGGUAGUAGUCUUCCCUUCUUUAGUUGAUCUUGGCGUGUUUCCGUCACUCAAGUCAUUAGUUUUUUCUACAAUGCCUCAAUUGAUUGGUUGGGGUUCUGGUGAAUAUGACAUGCCUCAACUUACUGAUCUGAAGUUCUACACUUGCCCGAAACUAAAGGUUUUGCCCAAACUUUCCCGGCUCAGUUCUCUCAAAUGCCUAGAAAUUGAAAAAUGCGAAGGACUUGAUCGGUUGCCAUCUAGUUCAGCUUCUAUGGAAAGUUUCAUCAUCCGGGAUAGUCCAGCCCUCAGUGACAGUUGCCAGGUAGGUGGCAAAAACUGGAGUACAUUGAAAACAAUACCAUUUGUACAGAUUGAUCAAUUGGUAAUGCCCACGACGCCACAACAAAUCUGAAGUUCGUAGGUUCCUGAUCAUCCAAUGAUGAUUGCUUAUUAUCUGGUGUAUUUUUGGGCGAAUAUAUCUCUCCUGAGAUUUCUGUGUUGAUUGGUUGUAUAUCAUUCUCCUGACUGUUACUGGUUUUGCCUUGAGGUUUCAUAUUUGUAUAAUUGCUUCUAUUCUCUGUUAUGUUGUACUUCCUUGUGAAUCUUGACAGUUUAUAGACUGUAUGGAUACUCCUGUAUUGGUUGUAUUCUCGUUUUGGUUGUCUGCUACCUUUGCCAA